CUCAAUUUCUAACACUCACAUGUGGAAAGUUGCAUCGAUUCUCUCUCAUACCCUACCUUGUCAUGGGUAAUGUUCUGGCCCCUUACAAGACUGAAAGACAUACAGUUCAUGUCGGAAAAUUUGGCGCCAUCGAAGGGCUUACACUCUCUCGUCCUGAAACAAACGAGCAGCUUGUUCGACGAUAUCUGAACGUUCCUUUUGUUCUUCCUCCUACAGGUCUAUAUCGAUGGCGCAAACCGCGACCGCUGCCUGGCAACUAUACCUAUACACGUCCUGAUGGCAGCCCGAGAGAUUGCACGAUCUUUGGCCGUAUAUGUCCACAACCAGAGUAUACAAAAUUGGGGAACCAUGCUUUCAGCAAGUAUGAUGAGGACUGCCUUUCCUUGAACAUCUGGGCUCCAGCGGGUACACCUCCAGAUGGAGGUUGGCCAGUCAUGCUCUGGUUUCACGGCGGUUGGCUUCAGGUCGGCGACCCCUCCAUUGAUCCAAAUACGGAUCCCACCGAACUAAUCUCACAGAGCGGCGGUGGACUGCAAUGUGUAUUUAUAGCCGCUGCUUAUCGGUUGUCCGUCUUCGGGUUCAUGGGCUCCAGGGAGCUUGCAGAUGAGGCCCAGCAGAAUGGAGAGGAGGGUUGUGGCAAUUAUGGGCUUUGGGAUCAAUACGCGGCCCUUGAAUGGGUACAUAAAUACGCGUCAUAUUUUGGCGGAAAUGCGGAAAACUUAACUCUAUCUGGAAGGAGCGCGGGAGCGUACAGCGUUCAUGCCAUCGCUAGCCACGAUCUCUUGAUGAAACCUAGCGCCCCGACACGAUAUAAACGACUAGUCAUGUACUCUAAUGCCAUUCCGGCGGACCCGAAGACUCUGGAAGACGUUCAGCCGCAGUUUGACGAACUCCUUGACGCAUGCAACAUACCUCGUUCCCUGUCAGAUACAAAAAAACUAGCCAAACUUCGAGCUAUUCCGGCGUUUGACCUUGUUGAUAAGGUUAUGACAUUAUCUGCUCAUACUUUCCGACCAAUCCGCGAUGGCUGCUUCUUCCCGUUGAACUUAUUCGACCGCUUCCUCGCAGGAGAUUUCGGCAGAGAGUUUAAAGCCCGCCAACUACAAUUAUUGAUCGGGGAAGUAAGAGAUGAAGAAACUCUUUACCGUCAGACCAACCCUCCUCAUGAUCUAGAGACUUUAUACAUCGAAGUUGGCAACUACUAUUCGCCCCCAGUCACCCGGAUGAUGGUAGACGCCUACCUGAAUCGUAAAGUCCACAAAGAGGGUGCCCAUCCCGAUCCUGAUCCUAAGAUCGAUUUCUGGAAAAAGAUAUUUGGCGAUAUCAUUUCGGAUGGCCAAGUGCGCGCCCCAACACGCCUCCUUGUUCGUCAAUUAGUUGGUGCUGGGGUGCCCCUCUCUUCAAUAAGACGGUAUAUGAUCAACUGGAGGCCGUCCUUUGUGGACUCUCAAGCACCGAAGGAGCUAGGCGUCUCGCACGCUCUCGAUAGACCUAUAUGGAACUUUUCCGUCAUGCACGGGCCUACUCCGAAGGAGGAAUCGACGAUGCGAGCAUGGAUCCGGGAUUUGGUUGACUUCGUGCAUGGUCAACAGACGGACUACGGGACAAGGGACGUCAGUGAACAUAAAGUACUCAGACCGGACGGCACUAUCGGUGUCGAGAAGGACACAAAGUGGGAUUACCUGGUCACUGUGGCGGACGAGAUGUGCACUGCAAAAUAA